AUGCCUUCCCCAUAUGUCAAGGACGAGCGUGUCCUGUGUUUCCACCAUGAGAUCCUAUAUGAGGCCAAGAUCCUGGAUGUGCGCCAUCAAGAUCCCUCAGACAAGAAGAGCCCCAUGGAGUACAAGGUCCACUACAAGGGCUGGAAAUCAACGUGGGAUGACUGGGUUCUCGAAGACCGCCUGCGCAAGUGGAACGAGCAAAAUCGCGAGCUAGCUACCAACAUUCGCCGUGAGGCCGAGGCUGCCCAGCGAGAGAAGAACAACGCCAAGUCAGCAUCGAAAAAACGUGCUGCCUCGGAUAAUGAUUCGGUCCGUGGCAGCGAAGGCCCUGGGUCAACAUCUGGACGAAAUAAACGCUCUCGUGAUAACGAGAUUGAGACGGUUGAAGCCUUUCAUGCCCGCCCCUCGAUCUAUCUCAAUAUCCCUGUCAACCUCCGCAGCCUGAUUGUUGACGACUGGGAGCGUUGCACCAAAGACUACUGCAUCGUCAAACUGCCUGCUCCCGAGAACUUGACUGUCGAAGCCAUACUUAACGACUGGAUGGCCUACGAACAUCCCAAAUGCAACAGCCUGCUGGAUCGUCAGCUGGUCACCACCACCGUCAAGGGCAUCACGGUCUUCUUUUGCCAAACCGUCGAGCGUAUCCUGCUGUACCGCGUGGAACGCCCUCAGAAGCGUUUACUCAAGAAGAAGUAUGGCCGAUCCGAGGACCGUUCCUCCCCGGAGAAGAUUUGGGGUGCGGAGCAUCUCAUCCGCCUGUUCAGUGUCCUGCCUGAGUUGAUGGCUCAGACCAACGUGGAUGCUAAUCAACUCCGCAUCAUGAGCGAGCACUGGCAGAAGCUCCUGGCAUUCGUGAGCCAGAAUUCAGACCGUUACUUCCGCACUGAGUAUUUCCCUGCCGAGGAGCUUUCUGAGGAAAAGGUCUAA